AUGAAUUGGAGAGCGGUACUUUUCGAUGAAAAAGAAGUCCCUAGAAAAGUUCUCAUGAAAAUAUUUUUGAUGUUGCCUUGGCCCGAUCUCCUCCGUUGUGGUCGAGUUUGCAGAGGUUGGAAACUCAUUCUUUCAAGCAAAGCAUUUACGGCUUUCCAUCUUGAGAACCAGAAGGAGCAUCUUCUAGUCAAAGCAGGAGACCCAUUAGAAGGCAAAACCUCUACCUUCACCUUGAUCUGUAAACAAUCUUUAAACGAAGUUGAACAUUACCAAUUGCUCCCCAAUCCGCACAUGUCUCACUCCAUGCUUGUCCACAAUACCAUUCUCGGCAGUUGCAAUGGCAUUCUAUGUCUUCAUUGCCAUAGAGAUCUUCAACAGCGCAUAGUUCUUUGGAACCCUGUUACAAACGAGUUCAAAAUUCCAACUCUGCCCGAAAACUUGUCCACCAGUACUUGUGUAUUUGGUUUUGGAUUUGACCCGGAAACCAAUGAUUAUAAGGUUGUGGCUGCAAAAGAAAUAGAAGUAGUUCCAUUAUAUGAGUUUUAUGUGUACAAUCUAAGUACGGGUUGUUGGAGGAGGAGUUUGAAUGAUAGAGGUGGUGGUGUUAUAAAGCGCAAUAUGAAAAUCAAACAGAGAGGCAGUAGUUGCACAGGCAAUGCUUUUUCUUGGUGGAUCAUGGAGGGUGAAAAAGACCACAGCAGAAUUCUAUCUUUUGUCAUGGCUAGCGAGAAAAUAAUAUUAACAUCUUUGCCUUAUGGCAUAAGGAGUAAUAAUAAUGGUGAACUUGUCCGUUAUGAUCAAUCACUGGCCGUUAUCUAUAAUGAUUGUAAUGUGCACACUAUCUGGGUUUUGGGAGAGUUAGGGGUUGAAGAAUCUUGGACUUGUAAGUUCAAGAUAGGAAGACUUCUACCCGAAGAAUCAACUGCGUUGUGGUCUUUUAACACUGUUGCCCCGGUGAUCACCGCAUUUAUCACCCAACAUCAUGAUGGUUCUGGUUCUGGUUCUGGUUCUGUUCAUGGUGGUGGUGUCUUUUUAGGAAGAGAACGCAGCACCUUCAUCCCCGGCAACCAAUUCCUUUUUCAACAAAAUAAUAUUUCUGAAAUCGUUUUCAUAGAUUUAGCCAUAAAUAAGAAGAGAAAGAGAACGAGCGUGUACAAGUUUCGAGACACAAAGGCGGUAUUUCAGCUCUGCAGUAUCAAAAAGUCUCUGGUUCCAUUGAUAAAUGCUGCAGAGACAUAG